GCUGUAAGAAUGGAGCCAUCACAUAAGCAGAUGUUCAAACACAAAGGAGCCUAUUUUCUCCAAGACACAAUUACAGCAGAAUACAUUGAUUCACUGGAGAAUUUUGAAAUCAGAGACAGUGACAUAUUUCUGGUCACUUUUCCAAAAUCAGGCACUAUAUGGACACAGAAUAUUUUGAGCUUGAUUUGCCAUGAAGGUCAUCGAAAUGGAACUGAAGACACUGUCCUGAUAGACAGAGUUCCAUGGCUGGAAUACAUUGAUUCCAAUAGCGAUUAUGCUAAUCGUCCAUCGCUUCGUCUCUUCACUACUCAUCUGCCCUAUGAUUUAGUGCCAAAAGGAUUUAAAAAUGGAAGAGGAAAGAUUAUUUAUGUAGCCAGAAACCCAAAGGAUGUCUUGGUCUCAUACUAUCAUUUUUCUAAAGUUUCUGUCCAAAUGGAAGAUGAAGAAGACUUUGACAUUUUUAUGGAGAGGUUUUUAUCUGGUAAAGGCCUGGAUCUGAGGAGCUCUGUAUUGAAAAUAUGCAACUUCCUAGGAAAGAGACUGACUGAAGAGGAGUUGGAUGAUAUUGUGGAUAAGGCUUCAUUUGGCAAAAUGAGUGUGGAUCGUAGAGCUAAUUAUACAACCAUGCCCCCUGAAAUCCUAGAUUUCACCAAAGGACGCUUUCUGCGCAAAGGUACUGUUGGAGACUGGAAAAACACAAUGACAGUUGCACAGAGUGAAAGGUUUGACAGUGUCUUUAAGGAGAGGAUGGAAAAGCUACCCUUCAAGUUCUGCUGGGAUAGCAAUGAAUUUUGAAAUACAAUGGACAAACCCAGCUCUAUAGCUUUAUACAGAUUUUUUCUUUGGUGAAGCAAUA